AUGGAUUCGGGUUCGACUAUUGAAAGAGAAAAAUCAAGUAGGAUAAGAUUUAAAUCCACGGAUGAAUCGAGCAUAACUUUGGGUAUUACAAGUUCUAGAAAACUCGGGUCAUAUCAUUCCUCCGAAACUUUUCCAAAUGAAACCAUUGAUGAUAUUUUAAAUUCGAAAAAUUGUUUUCAUAGAACUUGUUGUUUUGCUUAUAACAUGAGGGGAAAUUAUAAAAAUCCAGCAUUGUUAGUCGAAUGUCUACCGCAAGAAAUAUAUCAAAAAUUGGCAAAGAUUUGGGAUUUGGAUCCAGAUUUACGUCCGCAAUUUCCCGGAUAUCCAUGCCAGUUCACGCCUGAACAAAUCGCAGCAGAAGAUGAAUUGUUAAAUGAAUAUUUAAAAAAUGUCGAAAGGGAUCUUGGAUUUUGCACGGAAUUUUCCGAAGAUAUACACGUUAGCGUCGGAUCUAAAAGCGUGGUCGAAGAAGGACCACAAAGAGUAUCGGUUUAUGCGGAUAUGAAAAAAACAAAUCCAUACACGAAAUUAUUUAAAAGUUUAAAAAUGAUGCAUCCGACAAAGAGAAAAAAUCAAACAUUGGGUAAAAAAGCUGGGAAAAUAACAAAAAUGAUAAUUGGUAAUUUUUUAAAAUGGUACGAAUCGUUAGGAGAAGACGGGAGUGAUACGUUCAUUGACGAAUCGACAAUGAAUCAAUUAUUCAAAGUCGGUUUUGGUAUGCCAGCUGCCAAAUCAAUGGCGGUUAGAAUAAAAGAAAUACCUACCGUACCUGAUUACGUUGCAAUUGCAGAAGAAAAACCGAAGUUUGCAACUUCUUACGCGCUUAGAAAAUUAAUUAAAGAAGAUAUCAAAAAGGAAAACAUACCCAUGAAAAUGUUUGCUUUUGGUAGCAUGUUACCCAAAGAGAAAAAUCUCAGAUACAAACCCCCAAGAAAUUACGUUUAUAAAACGUGGAUGGAAUGUUCUAGAGUUCCGAAAGAUUUACAAACGAUGAAAACGAUUUGGUCCGGAUUGGAAAAAUUAAGGUAUGAUUUUUUCUAUUCCUCUUACUUUUCAUAUUUUCGAACGGAAAAACAAAAUCGGUUUUCUAUUUCAGAUCCACGAUUGCAUUUUCCAACUGGGAAUGCAAUGUAUAAAGGUUUCGAAUUAGAAGUUACUAUGGAUGUUGGUCCAUCGGAAACAAAAAUAGGAAGAGAAAAAUCUUUGACAAAAGAAUCAUCAACAAACAGUUAUGCGGAUUCAUUUCAAAUAACAACAUCAGAAGUAUCCGUGUGA